GGAUUAAAACAUUAAUCUUCUAAUCAACAAGUUAGAAAUUCAGUGAGAUUGUGUCACCUGCACUAAUAAUAAUUCUCUAAUUAAUUCGUUUAUUGCCAUUUAUUCUUCUGUAAAAGGAAUUAAGAAAUCAUUUUUUUCUUUUCAAUCUCCCAACUCAAAUUUAUUAUCCAAAUUCUAUUGGGUCAUAUUUAAUCUAGGUUCUACAAAUAUGGUAAUGCAGUACUACUAAUAACAAUCCAAACACCGUCUUAGCUGACAUCAAAACGUAUAAAAAUGCCACCGAAUGUUUUCCAAAAUUCCGUAAAGUAGCGCCAUGGCGAGUCUCUUCAUCACCACCAGCAUCAGCUCAGUCUCACCCUCACUCCCUCUCUAUCCCCCGAUCUCACCUGCAACCUUCAGGCCUCUCCACGUACCAACUCCGGUGGCUGUUGCAUUCUCCAGCCACGUAUCUCAGCGUAAAACAAGAGCGUUGGCGGUGGUGACACGUGCGGGUCCCAACACCAGCAGCUACGUGUUCGCCGUGGCUUUCCCGCUAUCUCUCCUGGCUGUUACCAUCUUCACUUCUAUUAAGAUUGCUGAUAAGCUUGACAAGGACUUCCUCGAAUAUUUUACUAUAAGUCAAGCAAUAAGGGAAGCGGAUGAAGAGGAUGAUGAUGAUGACGAUGAUGAUGAUGAUGGCGAUGAUGUUAUAUCUUUGGAGGACAUAGUGCAAGAACCUGUUCUUCCACGUACACGAAACCGCCCCAAGAGGGAAGUGUAGGCAGCCAGGCAGCAUCUAGUUACUUGGUUUCAUGUAAUUGUAUAAUUAACUCGUGCAAAAGAUUCAACCGAAUUAUGAAAAUUUCCUUGUGGUUUCUCAUUUUAACUCUAGCAUGAACGAAAAGUCUUUAACAUGCAAUUUGAUUUAAGGAAAACACCAAACGUCUAUUCAGGAAUUGUGGGUCCUUAGCUGCCCACAGCUCCAAUCCCUUCCACCUGAGGGGCUCCCUUUCUUCACAACGGUGCUCAAUGCUGACGGAAUAUUUCCAAAAGGAUAAAGGUAAAGAUGGGGCUACAUUUGUCUUUAACAUGAAAAAAGAACGCUAUGCUACAUAUAUAUAUAUACCUAAAACGGUUUAAGAGAGUUCAAUUCUCCUAUCAUUUUAAAAGCCACAUAUAAUGGGAGCUUAAUUGGGUUAACGUUGUCCUGCUCUGUUCAAUCAAUAGCAAUACCGGUAUAACCAAGAUGUAAGCAACUACUCUC